GGUGUGGGAGAGCAGAGCGGGCAGACAUGGCGGAGGACUGCGGGAGCGACCCGGAGGAAGAGGCCGGUGCAGAGGCUGCAGAGUGCGAACCACAGCCCCGGGGAGGCGGAACCUGAGGGAGCCCCGGGGGAGGCGGAGCUACGGUGUCACAAGCUGCAGGAAUCUCUUCUCAGCUCUGCGAGCGGCUUCAGCAAUUACCGCGGAAUCCUGAACUGGUGCGUUAUCAUGCUGGUUUUGGGGAACGCGCGCCUCUUCUUGGAGAACAUUAUCAAGUAUGGAAUAUUGGUGGAUCCCAUCCAGGUUGUGUCGCUGUUCCUCCAUGACCCGUACAGCUGGCCCUCGCUCUGCCUGCUCCUGGCCUCAAAUGUCUUCAUUUUGGGGUCCCUGCACCUGGAGCGGCGCCUAUUUUCAGGGGGCAUCUCAGAGCGUGUGGGGCUGUUCCUGUACACCGUCCUCCUCACCAGUAUCCUGUGCAUCCCUGUGCUGGUGGUCUUCACUGUGCCGUCCAUUACUCCAGUGGGCGCUGUUUUUGCUCUUUCGGUUUACACCAUCCUCUUCCUCAAGCUGUUCUCCUAUAAAGAUGUCAACCUGUGGUGCCGGGAGAGGAGACGGGCGCAAGUCCGGGCGCUGGGCCGCACUCAGUCCGUUCCUUUAAUAAAAAGAGCGAACGGGGAUGUUGGGAAGAAGGUGACGUAUCCCGGGAAUCUGGUGCACAGAGAUAUUUACUACUUCAUGUUCGCCCCCACACUCUGCUACGAGCUGAAUUUCCCGCGUUCUUCAAGGAUUCGUAAGAGAUUCCUGCUGAGGCGACUUGUCGAAAUGCUCUUCAUCAUGCAGCUCCUGGUUGGUCUGAUCCAGCAGUGGAUGGUCCCAGCAAUCCAGAACUCAAUGAAACCGUUCCGGGACAUGGAUUACUCAAGGAUCAUUGAGCGGCUCCUGAAGCUGGCGGUCCCCAACCACCUCAUCUGGCUGAUCUUCUUCUACUGGUUCUUCCAUUCUUCCAUGAACUUUGUAGCUGAGUUGAUGCGUUUUGGGGACCGGGAGUUUUACAGGGACUGGUGGAACUCUGAAACUGUGACUUACUUCUGGCAAAACUGGAAUAUCCCGGUCCACAAAUGGUGCAUCAGACACUUCUAUAAACCAAUGAUGAAACGCGGUGUCUCCAAGUGGGCGGCCCAGACAGCCGUUUUCUUUGCCUCUGCCUUUUUCCAUGAGUAUCUGGUCAGUGUCCCUCUGAAGAUGUUCCGUCUCUGGGCGUUCAUGGGGAUGAUGUCACAGAUCCCUCUGGCCUGGUUCGUGAGUCGGUUUCUCCGAGGGAAUUAUGGCAAUGCAGCGGUGUGGAUCUCCCUGAUGAUUGGGCAGCCCAUCGCGGUGCUCAUGUAUGUGCACGAUUAUUACAUCUUAAACUACGGGAUCUCAUCGUGAGCAUCACGGAUCCCUCAGACAAUGGAGCCGCCGAUUGGAAUGCGAGAAGCUUUUCCUGGAUAAAAAGAGUCUUUCCCCAUUGGUGAUCGGGUCUGUAUAGAUCCAGGAAGCAAUGGGGUCUCAUCAACCAAAAAUAUCCCCGAUCCCCCGACCACAUCCAACCACAUCUCCAUCCUCUUCGGUGUCUCUUGUCCCACCGUCGCCUCUGCACAUUGCUGCUGCUUAUCCUAGAACAUCCGUCCCAGACCUCCACCGUUCCUUCGCUCCCACCAGUUCCUGAUAUCUGGUCCGUCCCGGUGAAGUUUAAUCAUGACCUGUUCUCAUCCCGCUCUGUGGGUUUGCACUCUGUACGUCGUACACUCCAGCAGUGAUCACUAAAUGGUACAAUCCUCUACUACAUGACCCGUGGGUCCUCGCUGCUCCAUGAUCUCAGGCCGCCUCAGGACAGCGAACCUCCUACGUGUGCACUGUUCACAUGCUGCAGUCAGAUUCCAGCUCUGAGGACACGUCUGGUUAGUGUGGUCUCCCCUUGACCAUGUGGGUGGGCGACAAGCAUCAAUCAGCAGAACCUGUGCCCAUCAGCCAUGGUACAUUGUCCCUUCAUGGUGGUUGUCCUCCUGCUGGUCCUGAGACUACUCCGGAGUGUCCUGGGCCGGGAUCGGCAUCUGUGUUUUUUUACGGUGUUUGGUGAAUGUUGUGCGUGAAUGAUUUCUUCCUCUGGCUUUGUGUGUGGAGAUCAGAUCAAUAAGAAUCUGAAACAAGAAAAUAAAGAUGUUUUCAGACAAUGGUCAAGAUUUAUUGUCUGAUCCCGAUCCCGUAGAUUCU